AUGGCAUAUCUUCUCUCCACUUGUUAUUGCAAUUGCAAUUAUCUACUCAUGUCCAGCCUAAAAAAUAAUUCUUAUUACACAAACGAGCACAUCAGAAUAAUCAAUGAGACAGUUAGUUACCACAAAAUUGUACUUUUUAUGAAGGGAAAUGCAAGGGAACCCAAGUGCAAAUACAGUAAACGGGCAUUGGAUUUGUUAAAGAGCGCCAAAGGACAGGUAAUCAAGACAGUAAAUGUGUUGGAGAGUGAAGGGGUUAGGAAUGGUGUGAAAAUUAUAUCUGGUUAUCCCACAUUCCCCCAGUUAUUUGUAAAUGGCAAAUUUAUCGGUGGUGUGGAUACCAUGGAACAAAUGUAUCACGAAGGAAAGUUACAGGGGUUAAUUCAAAUGUGA